GUCUAUCUACCGUCCGCCGUUCCAAUCUGACGGCUAUGGUACAAGCCGUACAACUUAGACUCGAAAGAUCAUAAAUCCCUCGAAUCUAACAGUUUAUUACCUCAAGUUUUUUUUUUUUUUUUUUUUUUCUAAUAAUUGGUGGAGAAGAAGAAGAAGAAGAAGAAAGAAAUGGCAACCGCAGCUCUCUCCGCCGCCCGACCCAACCGCCUUAACUCAGCCUCCUCCGAUGUUCCUCUACAUCCGCUGUAUCUCCCUACAAAGCUCCAAUUUCCUUCCGGUAAGACUCAGCUGUGGCGCUCCACUGCGAUUCUCCUACCUACACGGCGACGAUGCGCUGCGCCUAGAGCUAGUUCUCGCGCCGACGAUUCUCCGCCGUUCGAUAUGUCUCUAGAGACGGCGCUUAAGGUUCUCGGUGUCUCUGAAGGAGCUUCCUUCGACGAAAUACUUCGCGCCAAGAAAUCGAUCCUUGCUUCCCGUAAGGACGACCCCAACGCCAUCUCUCAGGCUGAGGCUGCAUAUGAUAUGCUGCUGAUGCAGAGCCUCAACCAACGCCGAGCAGGAAAAGUUGUGAGCAACAACAUACGCUACGCUGAUGUUAAAUCCAGUAACCCUCUGGGAACAGGUUCCGUUUCUCAGUGGAUGAAGAAUCCACCUGUCUCUGUUGAUAUGCCAUCCACUAGCGAUCUCGGUAUACAAGCUGGUGUCUAUGGAGCUAUGAUGGUUUUGACUUACGUUAAUGGGAGUUCCUUAGAGUCUUCUGGGAUGCCUUAUGCCGGUGCUGAUGUUCCCGGACUGAUACUGGCCAGUAGCUUUGGAGCCUCUCUAUACUUCAUGACUAAAAAAAACGUCAAGCUAGGGAAAGCAGCUGCGUUAACAGCGGGAGGAUUAGUGGCAGGUGCAGUGGUGGGAUCAGCCGUAGAGACCUGGCUGCACGUUGAUGUGGUCCCGUUUCUUGGUCUCCAUUCCCCAGCUGCAGUCGUGAGUGAAUUCAUAGUCUUCUCUCAGUUCUUGGUUUCUCUAUGUUUAAGGUAGAACUUUGUAUAUUGGCUUCUUCUACAAAAUUGGCUCAACCUGUCACGCUUUGUGUAUGUACUCCGUUUAUAUGCAUUUUGUACAGAACACUCCAAGUAAACAAAUCCUAGACAUCACUCUU